AUGGUUCUGACGGCGUUGCUGAGGCUACAGGAAUCCAAAUCACCAUGUCCCGUUGAGAUUCCGGCGACGAUUUUGAAACAACUCGCCGGUGAGUUGUCUAAGCCACUCUCUAUGCUCUUCAAUAUAUCCUUCGAGACCGGAUAUCUGCCACCCGACUGGAAGUCAGCGUGGAUUACGCCGCUGUACAAGGGCGGAUUCGGGUCUCUGCGAACAAUUACAGACCUGUCAGCCUCACCUCCAUUUGCUGUAAGAUUAUGGAGAAAAUAAUUAAGUAACAAUGAAUGCAGUUCCUUGAACAAAACCAUUUGCUUUCCGAUUUCCAGCGUGGAUUCCGCAAAAACAGAUCCUGUGUGACAAAUCUGCUCUACUGUCUGUAACACUGGACUAGGGCCGUUGAUAGAGGGAAUAUGGUGCAUGUCAUCUAAAUCGACUUUAAUAAGGCCUUCGAUAGUGUGCCUCACCACCGCCUUCUACACAAACUUAGCCGGUCAGGAGUGCGAGCUAAGCUUCUGAUGUGGAUUCGGAGCUUUUUAAUCGGCCGCUCUCAAGCCGUCCAGGUCAGUGACCAGCAAUCUGCCGAGGUUGCCGUUAGGAGUGGUGUUCCCCAAGGCUCUGUUCUGGGCCCUACACUGUUCCUCGUAUACGUCAAUGACUGCGCAAACGAACUGAAUUGCGAUGUCGCAUUGUUUGCCGAUGACAUAAAGAGCUGGAGUACCAUACGAAGCGAAGUUGACGAGGCGCAACUGCAGACAAACCUGGACCACAUCGAUCAAUGGUCGAAAGACGGGCUUCAACCGUUCAACGUAAACAAGUGCAAUUUCCUGCGCGUCGGCAGAACCAGUUCUCCUAACCACACGGUCUUCCGUCUGACUGACAAAAGCACUGCAAGAAGUCUACGCCCAGAAGGACUUGGGUGUAUGGAUCACAACCUCGCUGAAGCGUUCGUUGCAAUGAUCAAACUUGGCCAAUUCGGCGACAUUCAUUCUAUACCUCGUCAAACGGGCGUUCUCCUGCUUUAAUGAAGACUGCUUCGCCAAGGUCUUUCAAACCUUCGUGCGACCGCAUCUGAAGUUUGCUAUCCAAGCAUGGAGACCCUGGACCGCUAAAGACUUUGGCAUACUUGAAAAAGUUCAACGGCGAGCAAGGAAACUUGUAUCUGGGCCGUGGUCACUACCCUACGAAACACGAUUAGCUAAUCUUGCCCUCUUUCCUUUGAGUUACAGACAGCUACGUGGGGACCUGAUACAAGCAUUCCGCAUCGUGCGCAAUCAGGGCUGCUGCCUCGCAUCAGGAGACUUCUUCGAGUUGGCGACUACGACAAACAUGAGAGGCCAUCCACUCAACCUGCGUGUGACUAGUGCCCGGCUAGAAACACGAAAGUUCUUCUUCUCUAACAGAGUGGCUGCAGCUUGGAAUGCCUUGCCUGAGAAUGUUGAUAUGUCGGCAUACGUCGAUACUUUUAAACGGAGGCUAGAUCAAGAUUGGAGCGCGCACCACAAUAACGGCGGUCUACAGCCACCUUGAUAGCCAACGUUGACAAUUUAGUGUUAUGGCGAUGCUACUACCAACAUUUAAGUAACACGUGUUUAUGUAAUUUACUGAUCUGAGCCACGUCGCACACCGCUGCUCGCAUUCACCACGAUGCCUGUAGACUAAAAUUUUUUACUUCUUUUCCCGUAUCUUGAGUCUGCUUCAAAUGUCCGCUGGAUUUUAUUAACAAAACAAGUUAAUGUGCCUCUAAACUCUGUUAACGCAUGACAUUCUGUGUACAUCAGUCAGGUUUUUGCUUUUCCCAUCGCAUUUCCUUCAUGAUACUUCCUCUCCAUUUCCUCCACAUAUAUCCUCUGCAUGUAAAAAAUGCGGAUUACAAAGGUACACACCUACAUUCCUCGAAAAGUACUGAUACUGAUAUUGAUACUGACUCUCUGGACUGCGUCUACACGGUGGUCUGUGUCUACUACGUGAGCGUGCGAGGAUCGACCACUUGAUGUUCAUUAUUUGACGCCUUCAUAACCUGGCGCGCAUGGAGAUGUUCAUUUGGAUUUGGCGGGCGGUCGGACAGGCGGGCGGUCGGCCGGGUGGGUGGGUGGUUAGCUGGCUUAGUGGCUUUGACCCAUGCAAACUGUGGGCGCAACCUGUAGAAAAUUCUUCUGGGCGCAUAGGGCCGGUCCGCUCCGCGUAGCCUGAUUGCAUUCCGGCUAUUCCAUCGUUUCAAGUUCCUGUUCGCUGAUUCAGACACCACGGUCUCUUCGUCAGCAUAAGUCCUGGAGAAACUCAAAGCAGUAAGCCUCCAUCCAAAUUUGGUCUUGGUAUCUUUGGAUGCUACAUCCCUUUUUACUUCUAUUCCCCAGGACCUGGCCAUCGAGACAAUACAGCUGCUUCUACAAAGCAAAUACGAUGGAACGGGGAAUCGUCUUGGACGCGCCGAAGUCCUUCAGCUACUGAAGUUCUCUCUCAGGACGUACUUCACGUUCGACUGGACAAUCUACGAAGAGGUGAAGGGCACACCAAUGUGUCCGCCGAUUUCGGGGUUCAUCGUGGAGGCGGUCCUGCAACGGUUAGAUUCGCUGGUCUUCCAACAUCACAAACCGAACUUCUGGGCCCGGUAUAUGGAUGGUACCUUCGUGCUUAUCGACCUGGAUCAACUGCUGACAUUUAAGGAACGUCUGAAUGCGGUCGUCCCGGAUAUAUAA